UGUUUCCCGUCGGUCCCUGCGGCCGUCACAUGACCGGGGUGGGCGGAAGAUGGCGGAGCCGCCCGGCGCCGCCGCCGAGGAUUCGUGGGGGAAGGUGGACGCAGCCUACAGCGACAAUGGCCUGGACUCAGCACUCUUCAUGGAGAACGCGAGGAAGGGGAACAUUGUGUCCCGAGCCAACAGCAUCGGCUCCACCAGCGCCUCCUCUGUCCCCAACACAGAUGAUGAGGACAGCGACUACCACCAGGAGCCCUACAAGGAGUCCUACAAGGACCAGCGCCGGAGGGCACACACCCAGGCGGAGCGCAAGCGGCGAGAUGCCAUCAAGAAAGGCUACGACGACCUGCAGGCCAUCGUCCCCACCUGUGAGCAGCAGGACUUCUCCAUAGGCUCCCAGAAGCUGAGCAAGGCCAUUGUCCUCCAGAAAACCAUUGACUACAUCCAGUUCCUGCACAAGGAAAAGAAGAAGCAAGAGGAGGAAGUUUCUACCCUUAGAAAAGAUGUGAUGGCCUUGAAGAUCAUGAAAGUGAACUAUGAGCAGAUCGUGAAAGCUCAUCAGGACAACCCCAGUGAGGGCAAGGACCAGGUCUCUGACGAGGUGAAGUUCAAUGUUUUCCAAGGCAUUAUGGACUCCUUGUUCCAGUCCUUCAACGCCUCCAUCUCGGUCUCAAGCUUUCAGGAGCUCUCAGCUUGUGUCUUCAGCUGGAUUGAGGAGCACUGCAAGCCCCAGACCCUGCGGGACAUCGUGAUCGGAGUCCUGCACCAGCUGAAGACUCAACUCUACUGAGCCGCUCCGGGGCCUCC